CAGUGUAGUUUCAGCUAUGGCAACCCUCAAGGAGAUCUUGCUGCGCCGCCCAGUCGCGGCGACGAUCCGGCUCACGGUCCCGGCGGGCGGGGCCCGACCCGCGCCGCCGGUGGGGCCGGCUCUAGGUCAGUACCGUCUCAACCUAAUGGCCUUCUGCAAAGACUUCAACGCGCGGACGCAGAAGUACAAGGCGGAGACGCCGAUGGCGGUGACGAUCACGGCGUUCAAGGACAACACCUUCGAGUUCACGGUGAAGUCGCCGUCGGUGACGUGGUACCUGAAGAAGGCGGCGGGGAUAGAGUCAGGGAGCGGCCGGCCGGGGCACGUGACGGCGUCGACGCUGUCGGUGAGGCACGUGUAUGAGAUCGCCAAGGUGAAGCAGUCGGAUCCUUACUGCCAGUACAUGCCGCUGGAGUCGAUUUGCAAGUCGAUCAUCGGCACGGCGAACUCUAUGGGGAUCAAGGUGGUGAAGGACCUGGAGUAGAUUUGGGGGCAGAAUCGUAAUUCGGAAACCCUAGGUUUGUUUUUACUUGAUGUAUUUUGGAGUAAAGAUUGUGUUUUUCUUUUUUGUAGUUUGGGAGAUUUGGUAUGGGAUGACUGAAUUAGUUUAGCUUUGUUAUUGCUGUGGAUUCUAGCUGAGGAAAUUAGGAUGGAGUUUUAUUUCACUUGA